CAGAGAUAAAUAGGGAAGAGAAGGGAAAGAGAUUUGGAGGGAAAAAAGAAACGUUGUAGAAGAUAUGCCGGUAGCGAGGCGAGAGACUUGCGAUGCAAGAGUGAUUGCUCACAUAGACAUGGAUUGCUUCUACGUUCAAGUGGAACAGAGAAAACAACCAAAUUUAAGAGGCUUGCCCACUGCAGUCAUACAGUACAAUUCAUACAAAGGUGGGGCUCUCAUUGCUGUCAGCUAUGAGGCUCGCAGAUGUGGCGUCAAACGUUCAAUGCGAGGCGAUGAAGCCAAGGAGGCAUGCCCGCAAAUUCAACUGGUACAAGUUCCGGUAGCACGUGGUAAGGCUGAUCUCAACUCAUAUAGGAAUGCGGGUUCAGAGGUCGUUUCAGUUCUUUCGCAAAAGGGUCGCUGUGAGAGGGCUUCGAUUGAUGAGGUAUAUCUUGAUCUAACUCAUGCUGCUGAAACCAUGCUGAUGGAAGCAUCUCCAGAAAGCAUGCAAGACUUUGAGGAUGAAGUUCUCAAGUCUCAUGUUUUGGGGCUGGAAAUUGAGGAUGGAAGUGAUGCCAAAGAAGAGGUUAGGAAGUGGCUUUGUAGAAGUGAUGCUAGUUACCAAGAUAAGCUAUUAGCUUGUGGGGCUCUCAUUGUUAGUGACCUCAGGAUGCAGGUGCUGAAAGAGACAGAAUUCACAUGCUCUGCCGGUAUUGCUCAUAAUAAGAUGCUGGCUAAACUUGCAAGUGCUAUGAACAAACCUGCUCAACAAACUAUUGUGCCACACUCAUCAGUUGAACAGUUACUUGCGACUUUACCAAUAAAGAAAAUGAAACACCUUGGGGGAAAGUUGGGGAGUUCUUUACAGAUUGAUCUUGGUGUCAACACCGUCGGAGAUCUGCUUCAGUUUUCAGAGGAGAAGUUACAACAGUGGUAUGGGAUCAAUACUGGAACUUGGUUGUGGAAUAUUUCAAGAGGAAUCAAUGGGGAAGAAGUUGAGGGGCGACUACUUCCCAAGAGCCAUGGUUCUGGCAAGACGUUUCCUGGGCCUCAGGCUUUGAAGACAAUUGAUUCGAUUCAACAUUGGCUUAAUCAACUGUGUGAAGAGCUGAAUGAACGCCUUAAUUCUGAUCUGGAUCAAAACAAACGGAUUGCACAGACACUGACGCUACAUGCUAGAGCAUAUAAGACAGGGGAUUCAGAUUCACUUAGAAAGUUCCCUUCUAAAUCUUGUCCUUUAAGAUAUGGGACUAGAAAGAUUCAAGAGGACGCCCUAAUUCUUUUUCAAGCUGGGUUGCGUGAUUUUUUGGGCUCCUACAGCUUUAAGGUUCAUGGAAACGAAAAUAGCAACUGGGGAGUGACAUCACUUUCUGUUUCUGCGAGUAAAAUUGUGUCUAUACCAUCUGGGACACAUUCAAUUGCUAAAUACUUUGGAGGGCUAUUUUCAUCCAGUUCUACAUCAAAUCCAUCAAUAGACGUUGUCAUUGAUGAAGCUGUACCAUCAUCACCUUCAGGUAGUGAAAAUUGUACGGGAAUGGUUCCCUAUGAUUUACAGCUUCAACAUCCUCAUUACACAGAAAUGAAGCAUUCUAGUGCAUGUUUGGAUCCACAGGAUCCAUUGAAUCAUUUGUCCAGUAAAGCGGAAGGCUUGACAGAAGAAUCCUCCUUCAUGUCACCCUCUGGAAGUGAAGACAGAAUGAAAGACGGUGAGCCACAUAGAGUUUUACCUGCAAAAGAUCCUAGUCAUGUUUCAAAUGUCUCUAGUUUGAAAGCAGUAGGGAAGAAAAAGAGAGCAGGAAAGAUGCUUCAUGAGAAUUGUUCAAUUAUAAAUAUCUUUAGUAAUUACCAUAAUUCCCGGUCUUCAUUGGAGCAGAAGAAUGUUUCAAAUGCCCAUGAUAUUAACAUAUCGCUUGGAUCUCAGUCAGCUGAUGAUAGUUAUUCAACUUGUAAUGAAGAGAUUGAUACCAACAAGGAUGGAUGUAGUGUAGGUGUAUCACAAGGGAGGGAAGCUUGGAGUAGUUAUAAUAUUGAUGAAAUCGAUCCCUCUAUCAUUGAUGAAUUACCACCAGAAAUUCAGCAAGAGUUUCGAACCUUGCUUAGGCCACAAAAGCGGCCCAAUGUGGCUAAACGAGGUUCUAGUAUUAAACACUAUUUCUUACCUGAUAAAAGUAGAUAAAUAAUUGUUGACUUUGAUUUAAUGUACAUAUUUUGUAAUGCUUUAUUAGAAAUAUGUAAGGUAGUUGAUUUGUGAUUGGC